AUGGUUCAGGACUCAGUGACCUUUGAGGAUGUGGCUGUGUACUUUACCAAAGAAGAGUGGAACUUAUUGGAUGGAUUUCAGAGAAACCUCUACAGAGAUGUGAUGCUGGAGAACUACCAGAACGUGGCCACAGUAGAAAGAAAAAUGGAGCUUGAGACAGAACUUCAGCUGGGCUGUUUUUGGUCAGAUAUAUCAAAUGAGACACAACUGGCAAGAUUAACAAAGGCAGGAAGCCACAAUGGAGGGAAGCUCUGUGACUCUAAGAAGGUUGGAAAAUUCUUCAGUGAACACCGAGGACUUCAGACAUAUAUGAAUAUUUGCAAUACAGAAAAGAUUUCUGAAUAUAAUUGGUAUAGAAAAGACUUACUUCCUUCAGUAAAGAAAACCUCUACUGAAGAGAAACUUUCUGUGUUGACUCAAUGUGAAGAAGCCUUUGCUCAGAUGCCAAGCAUUGCUUACCAGAGGACAUGCAUUCAGGACAAUUCCUUUGAAUCCAGUGAUUUUGGCAAAUCCUUUGUUAAUCAGUUGCAACUUAAGGCACAUAACAAAGCCCACAGUAAAGAAAAUCUCUGUGAAUGGGAGCAAAGUAAGAAAGCUUUUACUCAGUCCACAAAUUGUUCUGUUCUAGAGAAAUGCUAUGAAGAUAAGGAAUGUGGAAAAGCCUCUACUGCACACUCAGGCCUUACUACACAUGUACAAAGUUAUAAAAGGCAGAAGUCUUAUGAGUGCACAGAGUGUGGGAAAGUGUUUGGUAAAUGCUCAGGACUUACUGAGCACGUGAGAAGUCACACAGGAGAGAAACCUUUUAAAUGUAACCAAUGUGGAAAGUCUUUUGCUUCUUCAUCCUAUCUUACUGCGCAUUUGAGAACUCAUACUGGAGAAAAGCCCUUCGAGUGUACAGUAUGUGAGAAAGCAUUUACACGUUCCUCCUACCUUCGAAUUCACAUGCGAACUCACACUGGAGAGAAACCCUAUAACUGUAAGGAGUGUGGCAAAACCUUUGCUGUGCGCUCAUGCCUUAAUAAACAUUCCCUAACACACACUGGGGAGAAGCCUUAUGAUUGUAAGGAAUGUGAGAAGGCAUUUACUAGCUUUUAUCAACUAACUGAACAUAUGAAAAUUCACACUGAUGAGAAACCCUUUGAAUGUCAGGUGUGUACAAAAUCAUUUAGGAAUUCCUCAUGCCUUAAGAAGCACUUCCAAAUUCACACUGGAAUAAAACCAUUUCAAUGUAAGGACUGUGGGAAAGCCUUCAGUGGACGGACUAGCUUUACCACACAUGUAUUGACUCAUACUGGGGAGAAGCCAUAUGAGUGUAAGGAGUGUGGGAAAGCCUUCAGUACAUCCUCAGGCCUUAUUGAACAUAUAAGAAGUCACACAGGAGAGAAGCCCUUUGAAUGCUAUCAAUGUGGAAAGGCCUUUGCAUCUUCCUCAUAUCUUACUGCACAUUUGAGAACUCACACUGGAGAGAAGCCAUUUGAGUGUACAGUGUGUAGUAAAGCAUUUACACGUUCUUCCUACCUUUGUAGACACAUGAAAACUCACAUUGGAGAGAAACCCUAUGUAUGUAAGGAUUGUGGGAAAGCCUUCAGUGGGUGCUCAUGCCUUAACAGACACAUAAGAACAUACACUGGAGAGAAACCCUAUCUGUGUUAGCAAUAUGGGAGCGCAUUCACCAGCUUUUCUUAACUCACUUAACAUAUGAAAACUCAUACUGGUGAGAAGCCUUUUGAAUAUCAGAUAUGUACAAAAUUUUUUAGAAAUUUGCAUGCCUUAUGAUGCACUUCUGAAUUAACACUAGACUAAAAUUAUAUCAAUGUACGGAGUGUGGAAAAGUCUUUGGUGGCCGUACUGGCUUUACUACACUUGUACUAACUCACAUUGGGAACAAUCCAUAUGAAUUCAGAGAAUGUCAGAAUGCCUUCACUUCUUUCCUUACAUCUUUAACAUCUAAGAAGUCACACAGGAAAGAAACCCUUUGAAUGUGACCUAUACUAUGUAUGUAAGAACUAUGGGAAAGCCUUUACUGAGCACUUAGCCAUUAGUAAACACUUAAGAAUACAUACUGUACAGAAACCCCAUGAAUAUUAGGAAUUGACAAAGCUUCUACUGUUCAUACUUCAGUGGAUAUACACUCUAAAUGGAAAGAAUAUGAAAAAGGCUUCACUUAUUCUUCUGAUCAUAUGGAACAUAAAUAAUCACAGAGUGAAACUCAUGUAAAGAAUGAGGAAAGUGCAUGUAGAAGUGUGCACAUUUUUUAUAUUCAUAUUAUUAAGCUCAGCACAGGUAUUCACUUGUCCUAGAAAUGGCUUAACAGAUGUACUGCUCUUCUUGAAUUUGGUUCCCAUCACCCACGUUGGGCCACUCAUAACCAUCUGUAA